CUGAACGCCGGAAACAGCUAGUUGCUCCUUAGCGGCCGAAGGGGCGGGCUCGAGGGCCGAGGGGGUGUAAGCUGCUCGCGUCUCGCUCGCCGGUGCAAGAUGGCGGACAUCUCCCUGGACGAGCUCAUCCGGAAGCGUGGGGCUGCGACGAAGGGGCGCCUCAAUGCCAGACCGGGAAUUGGAGGUGUUCGAUCUCGUGUCGGGACCCAGCAGAGCCUCCUCAGCCAGCCAGCGCGCACGGCCACCUUCCAGCAGAGGUUUGAUGCCCGGCAGAAGAUCGGCCUUGCAGACGCGCGGCUCAAGCUGGGAGUCAAGGAUGCCCGGGAAAAGCUUUUGCAGAAAGAUGCUCGAUUCCGGAUCAAAGGGAAAGUGCAGGAUGCCAGAGAGAUGCUGAACUCCCGCAAGCAGCAGAGCGCGGUGCCCCAGAAGGCCCGCCAGGUGGCCGACGCCCGGGAGAAGAUCAGCCUGAAGCGGAACUCGCCAGCCGCCUUCAUGAGCCCGCCCGUCGGGACGGUGACCCCGGCCCUGAAGCUCACCAAAACCAUCCAGGUCCCACAGCAGAAGGCCAUGGCACCCGUUCACACCCAUCCUGCUGGGAUGAGGAUCAAUGUUGUCAACAACCACCCGGCCAAGCAGAAUCUUUAUGACCUAGAGGAGGAGGACGAUGCUGUUGCUCCCAUUCCCAGCAAACAGAUGAAAGUUGCAGCCUCCGGCAGCUUUCUCCACCACGUGGCCGGGCUGAGCACUUCCAAGUUCUCCAUGGCCAAGGCCCUCCCGCUCACCAAAGUGGUUCAGAACGAUGCGUACACGGCUCCUGCCCUCCCCUCCUCGGUUCGAACAAAAGCCUUGACCAACAUGUCUCGGACACUAGUGAACAAGGAGGAGCCCCCCAAAGAGCUGCCGCCUGCUGAGCCUGUCCUCAGCCCUUUGGAAGGCACCAAGAUGACCGUGAACAACCUGCACCCUCGAGUCACCGAGGAGGACAUUGUGGAGCUUUUCUGUGUGUGUGGAGCCCUCAAGAGGGCUCGGCUGGUCCACCCUGGGGUGGCAGAGGUGGUGUUUGUGAAAAAGGAUGAUGCCAUCACAGCGUAUAAGAAGUAUAACAACAGGUGUCUGGACGGGCAACCAAUGAAGUGCAACCUCCACAUGAAUGGGAACGUUAUCACCUCAGACCAGCCCAUUCUGCUACGGCUGAGUGACAGCCCCUCGGUGAAAAAGGAGAGCGAGUUGCCUCGCAGGGUGGAUUCCACCGCCGCCUCCAACCCUCCCGCCGAAGUGGACCCCGACACCAUCCUCAGAGCGCUCUUCAAGUCCUCGGGGGCCUCUGUGACGACACAGCCCACAGAAUUCAAAAUCAAACUCUGAGCCGGGGCGCGAGGCCGCCAGAAGCAGGGGCUGAGGAGGGUGGCCGUGUUUCCUAAAGCAAAGCUGGUGACCAGCGGGCCGUCGGACUGGAGACCCCUGAGCGUGGGAAAGGCCGCCAGGGGUGGAGAGCUUCCUUGCGGGACGGAACCCACCUUCUGUGUUGUGUUCUCCCCUGUGCCCCUCUGUGCGUUCUCGUUUCCUCUAGUCUGUGUCUUCUCCCUCGCCCUCAUCACCAAGAUAGGCUUGUGUUGCUCAGAGCGUCUCUACCCCUGAUUUCAGCCCCGGACUGAUUCCGUGUGUGGAAACGAUACCCGGAGUUCUCUGGGUGACUUCGUGUGGCCCUGUGGAGCGCAGGGCAGCGCCUCUCUGAAGGACAGUUUUUUUCUCGAGGAGGCGAGGAGCUGUCUCCCCUUUCUCGUUUUUAACCUUCUAGAUGGGGUGGGGAACGGGUGCCCCUGCCGUCCCCACGGAAGCCGGCCACUCACCUGCCAGCUCCCUGCAGGCGGCCUGGGCGCUCUCGCCACGGCCAGCUCCACGCCCCUGGGGUCCGGGGGGGGCCCCGCGGCAGGGCUGGGGGGCUGCCACACUGCUGGGGAGAGCGUUCCCAGCCCUUGGCUUCGAGAGCCUGUGCCGUCUCAGGUGACUCGGUAAAUUCUCGAGUUCACGGUGCCCCUCCCUAGCUCUCGGCCUUCUGGGGGUCACUGCGGGAAGGGGUGUGCGGCCCUGCAGUGCUCGCGUGGCAUGGGCUCCUCACCCAGCUUGCGCGGGAAUGCCAGCUCUCUGCCAGUGGGGUUUUUUAUUUUUUUAAAGGUCUGGCCAUUGUUCUGUUACACUGAGCGUCCGGGGAUUGUUCGGAGGGGAUGAUGGCUUGCUCCUGGCUCUUCUUUCUGCAUCAGGUGCCUACAGGACAGUAGGGAUGCAGAUGCAGAGAGGGCCAGAGGUCCAGCCGCCACCAGGGGCACUGUUCCCAUUGUUGGGAGUGACUCAUCCAUCUGUGACCAGAGGGUCUUUUCCUGCCUUGGCAGUGAAGGGGGGGGGGCGGUGAGCAAGCAGAGCAGCCCUUCCAGGCAAGCUGGUAGGUGUCCCCUCAGUGUGGUGCCCGGCAGUCUGGGCAGCCCCCGCAUACCAGGAGAGCAUGGCGCUCGGGGCCCUCUUUGUUGGGACUGCGGGGGACUCGAGGCGGGCGAGCUGGAGCGAGCCGAGCGCAGGGUUCUGGAGCUCCACAGAACCCAUAGCAGACGCUGGGAAAGGCCCAGGUCUAGGAAGUGAAGGGGACCUGAGGCACUAAGAGUCUUUCGUGGCCUGCUUAGGGCCGGCCCGGUGACAGAGACUCUGGAAACUCGUCUUCUCAGAGUUGUCGGUGAGCAGGAAGGACCCAGGCUUUGAUCACACGCAGCCCUCCAGCUCUGAGGUUGCUCGGAACUUGGGAGUCCAAGGAAUGUACCUGAUGGCGCCCAGCUUCCACUUCUCUGAAAGAUGCUGCUUUCGUUCCUUUCUUUCCUUCUCUCCAAUUUGGAUGGGUGCAAACUUAGUUCUCAGCAGCUGGAAGACAUUCCUCCUACACUUUCCCCUCCUUGGUCCCUGAGCGCACCCACGAGGCAGCAGGACCUGGUUCUUCAGGUCCUGGAGACAGCCGGAUCGCUGCUUGGACUUGGCUUCAAGUAGGGAUGGCAAAUCUCCUGCCUGCAUGGCUUCACUCUCCCCUCCUCCCCUCCACCACCGCCAGUCCCCUGCCAGGCGCUGUGGCGAUCAGAGUUCACUGAGCUCGGCUGUCCCGGCCCUCCGCACCCGGUCCUCCGGACGGCCACAUGGCCCAUUGCAGGGUGGAGCCUGUUGGCCUCCCCUGCUCUGCAGGGCAGCAUCACGGGAAAUGGAAGAGAAGGGGGUGGGCCCGUCCUCAUGUCCCCCUCCACUCCCACCCUUCCACAUUCCUCACGCGUGUCUCUCAUUCGGAAGGAGAGAGAGACAUUAAGGGACAGAGGAGACUAUAUGUUACCCACUUCUGAAUAAAUACUUGUUAUUCCUA